GGAAGCCCUUGUUAUAGUGGAGCUUAUCCUGGAGAUAGUGAGAUGCUCACAGAAUUCAGCUGGGAUGACCAAAACAUCUGGAGGAUAUUCAUCCGCAAGGUGUACACCAUCCUGAUGCUCCAGCUAUCUGUCACAUUAGCCUUUGUGGCUGUUUUCAUUUUCUGUGAACCUGUGAAAUAUUACAUACAGACCAACCCUGGCUGGUACUGGGCAUCAUAUGUAGUGUUUUUUGUCACAUAUUUGACCCUAUCCUGCUGCCGUGGACCCCGGAGGCAGUUCCCAUGGAAUCUUCUUCUGUUUAAAACAUUAAUCUCUCCUCUUCUGUUCUAGACUCUGUCUCUUUCUUACAUGACAGGAAUGCUCUCCAGCUACUACAAUACUAAAUCUGUCGUCAUCUGCCUGGGUAUUACACCCCCUUUGUGUCUCUCUAUAACAAUUAUCUUUAGCUUCCAAACCAAGAUUGAUAUUACUUCAUACCAAGGCGUGCUGUUAGUUUUCUGCACAGUAUUGUUCAUUUGUGGACUCGUCCUGGCAGUCAUCCUGCCCUUUGGAUAUGUUCCAUGGUUGCAUGCUGUGUACGCUGCCUUGGGAGCAAUACUGUUUUGCAUGUUCCUGGCAUUUGACACACAGAUGCUGAUGGGGAAAAAGCAAUACACCAUAAGUCCUGAGGAAUACAUCUUUGCCACCCUCAGCAUAUACCUGGACAUUGUUUACAUCUUCACUUUCUUGCUCCAGUUGUUUGGAACUCCUGAACGGGAGUGAAUGUGCUGUUAACCUAAAGCUCCGACUGCUCUUCUUUUGUCUCUCUGAUCUGAGUGAUCAUGUCUUUCCAGCAUGAUAUGGAUCUUCAGUGCACGCUGUUGUGUUUAAGCUCACCUCAGCUUUUACGAUGUGCCACGCAUUUGUCCUGUAGCGUGAAGGAGGUCUUGCAUAUAUAUUGCUUAUGUACACUGGUAAAACUUUAACAACAUUCAGCUAGUUUUACAACUGGUGUCAUAGAAAACAAAACAGAAAAUAUCAAAUGCACUGGUGUCAACUGUGAAAGCUGUAUGAUGUCAUUAGCAGUGAAAGUGUAUGAAAUAUUAGAGCAUCACACUGAGGUGAAACUGUGUAGUAGGAUUUACCCAUCGAUGUCAACCGCAUUAAUCUUUGUGUCUGACCCUGCAAAAGUUUCAUAUGAUAUCACAGCAUGAGGACAUUUUAACUAAUCAUUCUGAGAAACUAGAUAUUGUGAUGAAUAUUUUCAUAACAGAGUGUUAACAAGUUUUUUGAAUACCUGGCUGGGUUUUAGGAGUGCACCUAUGAAUCAAAGUAACACUUAAUUUGUACAGAUUUGAUUUAACAUAUUAUAAUAGCACAGAUAUAUUUUUGAAGAAAAUGAGUUGUAAAUGAUUUUGGAUGUGUACAUAGAUUUACAGUGUUCACUAAAAGAGUGCAAACUCACUGUAGCUGGAUUUAAAAAGAAUGCAGUGCUACAUAUUAGAAUUUUUUCUGUUUGUGGCCUUUACAGUAUUGAGACAUUGUGUGACCAAUAAAAUAAAUUUAUUAAAAUGUAUUGAAUAUGAAAUGAUUAAAUAACAAGUAUGUUU